UGGAUUCCAAACCCUUUCAAGCGUGCAAGCGCCGUUUUUUCUUGUAUCGUCAGGUGGUCAGGUCCAGUUGAACCGUGUGGUGCAUGACCGCCUGUCCGACCCGUUUCCAAUCGGACAGGCAAAUGAGCCGGCCUACAUUACGCCCCAAGAGCCUCCCAAGCCCUGCGUGGCCCGCCUAUCGCCAAUCCAUCGUGCAAGCAUUUCCGGUACCAUCACCUCAUACGUCCAUUCCGUCGUCCCUGCAUGGUAUGCGGCUUCUCCACGUUCUUCUGCUUUAGGAGACCUCAUCCGGAGCAUCUGGGGCCGGCUACGAAGUACCAGGACUUUGUACGUAGGAGUCCCUGAGCGAACGUGAGCGAACGCAGUUGAGACACUCGUAAUCCGCCAUGUCGACCUUUAAUGGCAUCGUCAGGGAGUUUCCUGAAAUCAGGAUCGACUACUUCAGGUCACAUCCCAACAGGCCACCACCGAAAGCAUACUUUCUCAGCCAUAUGCACAGCGAUCAUAUCGUGGGUCUCGAAUUCGUCAAAGGUACAUUUGUGUACUGCACGACGACCACGAGGAAUAUCCUACUCAAGCUGGAGAAGUAUCCACACCGUAUCAAUUUCGUAAAGGGCAUACUUGAAUCACGAAAGCUGCACUACCACCAUCUCGACACCAUUCUCAGACCGCUGCCACUCCAAACAGCGACAGAAAUUGAGCUGUCUCCGAAAUCAACAAUAAGAGUCACGUUGCUGGACGCCAACCACUGUCCCGGUGCAGUAAUGUUCCUCAUUGAAGGAAAUGGAAAAGCCGUCGUUUACACAGGAGACAUCAGAUCAGAACCCUGGUGGGUGACUUCGAUUGUGCAGAAUCCCGUGUUACUGCCUUAUGCGUGUGGUCUGAAGACCCUGGAUUGCAUCUAUUUGGACACGACGUUCGCUUCUCGUGAGGAGCCGUAUCGUGACUUUCCAACAAAAGCUGAAGGAAUUAAAGAGCUGCUCGACAAAGUUGAUCAAUGUCCUCCAGAUACAACCUUUUACUUCCGAGCUUGGACGUUAGGGUACGAAAAUGUGUGGACUGCCCUGUCGAACUUUCUUCAGUCACGCAUACACGUAAAUGAGUAUCAACUUCGAAUACUCGGACCCGACAAAAAGCAUGGACCUACCGGGUAUACUGAAGAGGCAGCACUUACAGGUUACAAAGUCGGACACAGCCAAAUGCCCGGAUGUCUAACUAAAGACAAUAGCAGCAGAAUUCACAGCUGCGAGCCUGGCCUGCAAUGCCAUCAGCAAUUGAGCAAGCAACAAAAUGUUGUGUGGAUCACACCGAUCAUCACGAGACUGAAAGAUGGUACUGAGGUCUUAGAAAUUGGAGCAGGAGGCGGAGGAGGCGAUCUUUAUCAAGAAGCAGACCUGAAAAUGGAGGACACGGCAACCCUUCAACAGCUUGGGGAGUUUUGCGCGCAGUACACGGACGACGAAAAGGUGAGAUCGGAUAUACAAGACGUGGUUGAAUAUGCUUCGAGGUUUGGAAACUUCUCCGUGACACUUGAAGGGACUGAAAUUCCCGAUGCAAGCCUUGAUGCGAAGAUAUCAUUGAAAGACUUUGUGGCUCUCUUGUCGAAGAGGUGGGAUGCCUCGAAACAUCACAUGAACCAUGGACCACUCGGCAAGCUCGCAGGUCGUGGCGAUACAAUUCAUUUUCCUUACUCUCGUCACUCGUCGUACAUGGAAUUGCGUCAUCUGGUAAGCGUAUUUCGACCAAAGGACAUCUGCCCUUGUACUGUGGAGCCAGAAGUCUGGUCCGAGGAGGUUAGCAUGCAGGUACUCUUUGGAGACGUUUGUUCUGGCAACGAAUUCCAUUUCGACAAGGAGUCACGAGCGACAGUAGAAGAUUGGAAGGAACGACAAAGAUUGAAUGCACUAAGAGGUCAGAAACGGAUAUUCCGAGAUGACGAUGAGGUUGAACAGGAGACGCAAGAAACGCAAGACACUCACGCUACCCAAGAGACACAUGGAUCGUUGGAAGGCGACGAGGUGUUCGAAACCGCAAGGGCAGAAGUCAAAGAAGUUGGCCUUGAGGCUGCCGAACUAGGUGCUUCGGUGAAGCCAUCUGUGUCGCCUGUCGAGGAUACACAACCCGCUAUCCGCAGCAAUCUUGGGCCUGGCAGGCUGAAGGAGAUCAGAGAAGCAUUCCUCUGCAUCAAUGGUGGAAAGAACACAAUUGACCAUGAGGAUGAACAGGCUUCUAUCGCCCAGAGAGACUCUCGAGCAGACCAUUCCAGGAAAAUAUUUGAUGGGUACGACUUGUACCCUGAAAUGGGAAGUGAUGGUGAAGACUUCGACGAUGGUUGGGAUGACGAAGAUCGGAUAUGGGCUAGGAUGGAAGCCUACAAUGCUGCAAGACGUUGUCUGGUGGUCAAUGAUGCUAAAAACUGGGAUGACCUAUCUCUACGCAGUGCUGGUCGGAAAGGACAUGAGGAGGAAGAAGUCGAACUGUAACAUAUCGCUUCCAGCGUCGGCGCAGAGUGGACUGUGGGAUUUUGGGCGUUGAUGAGCGUUUUAUGAUACCCAGUCUCAUGUAGACAUGUUGGAAGGAGAACAAAGGUACGAGUAUGUCGAGCCAUAUCACAUACGGAACUAAGGCCGCUGUUUUUGUAAGUCCGA